AUGAGCCACCGCAAGCGACCGCGUGCACGCAAGAUAACAAUCGACAACGUGCAAGAGCGCUUCUGCUAUCUCCAGCGCUAUCAGGUGCUAGUCUGCAAGGAGCACGCUACAGGCAUACAGAACGUUGAUGUGCACCUGCGCGACCAGCACGGCGUAGCAAGCGAAGAGAGGAAAUCCGUCGUAGAGCACUGCCGGCAAUGGCAGAUCGCCGCACCGCAAGAUGUUGAGCUGCCUGCGCCGUUGGGGCCGCCGAUUGAGCAGCUAGGCGAGCCGUUGGACAGCAGUAAAGACGUUGCACUCUGCGAGAAGGUUAAGGCGCAAACGUUCUUCCAAACCGGCGGGCUCCAGCGAUACUUUGUCGUCAAGGUAGCAGACAACAGUCGCGCACCGUCCAACCCGCACGAGACCACAGACGUCGUUAGGGGGCGGUUGGCAGAAUGGAAGCUAACAAAAUAUGCACACGAAGAGAAGGCGCAGGUUAUGGACGCUGACGUCGCAAAAACAGAUAAAACUGGCUGGUUCAAGCGGACAGGCUGGCUGGAGCACUUUGCCGACCGCAAUCUGAUGCAUCUUGCGCAUCAGACCCGGCUGCCCGAUCGAGGCGAGGAGAAGCUGCUGCGGGCAGCGAAGCUAACUGAGCUGCUGGUGGAGAGAAGCGUCAAGGGGCUGUCGACACUUGCGCGAGAGACGAGGCGGUGGCUGAGGAGCGCGAAGCGGCAGGAGAUCGAUCAGCGGCCCAUAGCUCGAUUGCAGAACCCGGAGAGUCAGGCUCGCUACGCUGGCUAUAUAGUUAAAUUCGUCUGCUACGCUCUGCGCUUCGUAGCUGACGCAGAGGCAAGGAUAGCGGCGCAAGAAGGCGGCGAUGAAUGCAGCGACGAAGAUGAUGAUGAUGAUAAUGAUAAGGGCGACGAGGAUGGCUUGGAAGAAGAGGAAGAGGAAGAGGAAGAGAACGACGAUGACUUUUCUGAUGCUGACAGCAGCCGACCGGCGAACGUUCCGAGCAGCGGCCAAAGAGAGAAGGACUUGAUGAAAGACGCGCGAGAGCUGUUCCGCUGGACAGUUGAGCAGAAGGAGCUUGUAGUAACACUGUGGGAGGUACUGGAUCGCGAUGCUGACGCUGAUGACGAAGCGCAGCGCAGCGCUCAGCGCGACGCUCAGCUCGAAGUGCUGCUAAACUUGCUCACAUCAUUCUUCUUCACGACAACGGGCGAUAAGCCGUUUAGCAGCGGGCUCAUUCACUUUCUUGCUGUGCUAGGCAUUGAUAGCGACACGAACCGCUUGCGCACGGCGAAGAACUACUCGUACAUGCUAGCAGGAGUAGUCUACUGCAUGCGCGUGCUUAGCGUGGAGAAGUUGCUCCCGUCCGCGUGCCGCGAUGAGCAGACCGACGAGGACCGUGAGCGCUUCCUGGAGCACAGAGAGAAGUAUCUGUCGGACGGCUCGUACAGCCCAAUGAGCGAGGCGCUCAGCUUGCUGGCUUACGGCAAGUACGUCGCGCUGGCGGCCGGCAAUUCAGGCAAUGCGUACUGGUCAAAGGACAAGAAGAUCUUCUACUUGCACGGCCGGCGGAUCUACAUCAGCCGCUUCUGCAAGAUGGCGCAGGACAUGGUUUCUGAAGCAGAGCAGAUGCUGUGGGAGGAACUGUUCUGGGUGACGAGGGCGGAAGAGCGGUUUGCCGUCAAGCUAGACAUUCUUGUCGACGACGUUACGUUUGAACGGCGGGGCGUGUCUUUUGUGCAGCACCGUGAUAACGGUCUUAAGGACAAGCUAGAGUGGAUGCUGACGCAGGCUGAGCAGACUGAGCAGGGCCACAGACUGCAGUCGAGCGAAGGGCAGUGGAACGUGAAGCAGGUCAAGCGAUACUUGCGUUGCGUGGACCGCUUCCUGAUGCUGCUGAUGGUCUGCGUGCACAUGACGUCCGGACAGCCGGGUAGAGGGUCGGAGAUCACGACGAUGCGGCACCGCAAUAGGCUGCUGCAAGACCGCAACAUCUUCGUUAUGGACGGGCAGGUGAUGACGGUUGUCCGCUAUCAUAAGUCGCAGUCGCAGUGGGAUAAGCCAAAGGUAGUGCCGCGCUUCUUGCCGCCGCGGCUGGGGCAAGUGAUGGUGCUGUACCUGGCGUACUUGCAGCCGUUCCGUGAGUAUCUUACCGUGCAGGUGCUCGGCGGCAGCUUCAGCGACUACGUAUGGGCGGACGAGCAGGGCCCGUGGGGGACCGAUCGACUGACGCGAGCGCUGAGGCGAGAGACCGGCAAGAGGCUAGGCGUGCCGCUGCACACGCUCGACUACCGGCACGCGGCUGUCGGCAUCGGUCGAGUUGUCGUAGGCGAGCGAUUUAGCAAGGGUUAUCAAGACGAGCUUGGCGAGGUGGACGAGGCUGAGGUAGACGAGGAUGGGGAGGACGUGAUGGAGCUGCAGAACGCAAGGACGACGGUGAUUGGAGUAGGCAACUACAGCGUGCCGAUGGAUAUUGUCAAGCAUCUCAGCGUGCGCUCGAUCGAAGCGUUCCGGCCGCUCAGCGCAAUGUGGCACCGCUUCUUAGGGCUGGAUGGGAAGCAGGCAGCGCCGCAGGAGACUUGGACGGGCAACAUCGAUGUGAUUAGGAGGGCGAGGAAACGGGGGCGCAGUGGUGUCGACAGCGAUGGCAAUAACGGGGAUGAGGACGGUCAGGGCAGGGAAGCCGCGUUGCUGCAUAGAGGCAAGAAAGAGAAGGCGGUCUGCAAGGCAAUGCAGCAGGUGCUCAGUCAGCAGGACGUUGGGUUUCGAUCCGCAGAGCAGGAGCUGGCGCUGCACGCAGUGAUCGAUGGGCAGACGCCGCUUGUCGUUGUUCUGCCGACUGGUGGAGGCAAGAGCUUGCUGUUUAGCGUGCCGGCUUGCAUGGACGACGCUGGGGUGGCGGUGGUGGUGGUGCCGUACCGAGCGCUCAUUGAGGAUGUAGUAGACCGGAUGCAGAAGUGCGGCAUCGACUGCAUGGAGUGGAAGCACGGCGAGAGCAGCCCGGCGGCUGUUGUCGUAGUCAGCGCAGACGCCGCAGGGGACACUACAAGCAACGGCAACUUCUUAGGGUACGCAAACAUGCUUAGCGGCAAGGGCUUGUUGCGGCGAGUAGUGGUGGACGAGUGUCAUCUAGUCAUCACAUCGAGCGACUGGCGGCCGAAGCUGGCACUGUUAAAGAAUCUGCGGCUGCUGCCGUGUCCGAUUGUGCUGCUCACAGCAACGCUCCCGCCGGUGAGAGAGGGCGAGCUGGCAACAAGCAUGCUGCUUCCGUGCGCAACAUACAUCCGGGCGAGCACAGUCCGGCCGAACACGCAGUACUACGUGUCGUGGUGCGAGCGUGGCAAGGCACAGGAGACGGCGCUAGCAAUGUGUCGAAGACAGCAGCAGCUACUGCUCCACAGAGGAGAGAAGGGCGUGGUGUACUGUCGCAGCAAGCAGCAGUGCGAAGAGCUGGCCGAGGCGCUCGGGUGCGCGUGCUAUCACGCUGGCGACAUGGAGCGAGCGGAGCGAUUGAAGCAGUGGCUGCUAGACGGAGGGCUGAUCGUGGCUACGUCGGCGCUGGGCACAGGGGUCGACUUCCCGGGGAUUGUGUACAUACUGCAC